AACGAAAAGCCUAGCUGCUUCUUCUACUCUCAUCUUGAUCUUCUUAUUUCAGACGAAAUCACUAGAACUCAUGGCUUUCUAUCAUUCUACGGCCACCUCCAAUAUUAUUCCCACUGCCACUAAAUUCUGCCUUUUAUUUUCACUUCUUAUGGGAAUGGUUUCGGCACAACUAUCCUCUGAUAAUUUCUAUGCAACAUCGUGCCCUAAAGCCCUUUCCACCAUUAAAUCGGGUGUAGACUCUGCGGUGCAAAGUGAGAAACGCAUGGGAGCAUCCUUGCUCCGUCUUCACUUUCAUGACUGCUUUGUUAAUGGGUGUGAUUCAUCUGUUCUGUUGGACGGAUCUGGAGGAGAGAAAGUAGCUGCUCCCAAUGCUAACUCACUAAGGGGAUUUGAAGUAAUAGACAGCAUCAAAUCUGAAGUGGAGAAACUGUGCCCUGGUGUUGUGUCUUGUGCUGACAUCUUAGCUGUUGCUGCAAGAGACUCGGUCGUUGCUCUGAGUGGACCUAGUUGGAGUUGGAAAGUUGAAUUGGGCAGAAGAGACUCGGCCACCCCGGGUACUGCAAAUGUCGGUGACAUCCCUGCUCCAACAUUGAAUCUUAGUGCCCUUAUCACUUCCUUCUCAAACAAAGGUUUCACUGCCAAAGAAAUGGUUGCUCUAUCAGGAUCUCACACAAUAGGUCAAGCUAGGUGCACAACCUUCCGUAACAGGAUUUACAAUGAAACCAACAUAGAUUCCUCGUUCGCAACAUCAUUGAAAUCCAACUGUCCAAGCGCAGGAGGAGACGACAAUCUUUCCCCUCUCGACACCACGAGUCCGACAUCUUUAGACAACGCUUACUUCAAGAAUUUAAAGGACCAAAAGGGUCUGUUGCACUCUGACCAACAGCUCUUUAGUGGGGGUUCUACGGAUGCUCAAGUUGAAGCUUAUAUCUCCGACCCGGCAAGUUUCCGAACAGACUUUGCCAAUGCCAUGGUGAAAAUGGGAAACCUCAGCCCACUUACAGGCACUAACGGCCAGAUCAGGACAAAUUGCCAUUCAGCAAAUUAAGUCGUGUGCUUCUGAGUAACAUUAAUUCUCGUGUGCUUUUGGAAAUUGAAUUUGUGGUUGGCCUAGAAUAAAACAAGAAUAAUUUAGUGCAUUUGUUCUAUGUUUUUCUGUGUCUUUUGGUUUUGUAGAGUCAGCUUGGGUCGAAGUUGAGAGAAAUUGAGAAAUGUUGUUGUAUUGAUAUGCAUGUGAGAUGGUUGAUUAUCA